AGCCGCCUUAUUCAGAUCCAUACCUAGAUGCGUCUGAAAGAAAGUUCCAAAUCCACAUGUGCAUGAACCACCCGCUUUCUUCUAUUUGUAAAGGAUCAACCUAUCUAUUCGAUAUCUUAAGGCUUGUUUCGCGCUUGGUGCACCACCUUCUGCGCUCUAUUCAAGCUUCACCGGGCCAAUUUCUACUGCGAAUAUAUAUCUCGUUCUCCGGCUUCUCUUGGGACCUCAAACUUGAUACUUCCACCGGAGAUCCAUAUUUCUAUCCUUUUUGCAAAACAAAACAAAACAAAAAAAGUGACAAUUUACCCCUGAGUCUGCUUGUGGAUACGUCCUAUGGCGAACAGGUCUUAAACUGCUAGCCCUCAGCUUAUCCCCUGAGUUGAUCAACUUUAAGGUCGCUUUCAGACUUCAAUUUUCAUAAUUAGCAGGCUACUUUCCGAGCCAUUCCUUUCGAAGGUAAAGAGAGUUUAGAUCCGAGAGCCAGUGCAAUCACUGCCGUGGCACCUAAUAGCUUAGACAAACAAAAACGACUGUCGAACCAAGCUGUUUUCAUUAUGGAUACAUUACUCACUGCGGAUAUCGCCGCGAAUGCUCCGAGGUACCGGCGUAGGAGCAGCACCUUCAUCGACGGCAUUCACGAUGUCCCGGAAGAUAGUGAUAGGGCUCCGGCCCAGCUGUACAGCACUAUGUCAGGGAGGCUUUUCCAUUCUGGCCGUAUCGCCAUUGUCAUGGUGGGACUUCCUGCUCGAGGCAAGACUCAUAUUGCUGUCUCGUUAGCACGAUAUCUACAAUGGUUAGGUGUUAAGACACGGAUUUUUCACCUCGGCGACUACCGUCGAGCUACCGUCGGUCAAGGUGGCCAUGUGCCCGAAGACUAUUUCUAUCCGAACGCCUCGCCGGCUUCAAUCGUCUUACGCCAGAAAAUUCUCAAGAAGUGUCGUGAAGACAUUUACGGCUGGCUCAACCACGAAAAUGGCCAAGUAGCAAUAUAUGACGCAGUGAAUCCUACUGCCAGUGGUCGUCGCUCACUAGCCAAGGAAUUUGCGAAGCAUGACGUUCAGACCCUGUUCUUGGAAUCUUAUGUUGACGAUGACAACCUCCUUCGAGAGAACGCACGUAACGUCAAAAUUGGAUCCCCCGAUUUUGCCAAUAUGGAUCCUGACGAGGCUGCUAAGCUAUACCUCACGCGCAUGGAGACUAAGAUACCGGCAUUUGAGACUAUGGACGAAAAAGAGCUUAACUACAUCAAAAUGAUCAAUGCAGGCCAGAAAUUCUUCUACAACAACGUAUCCUUUAAUUACCUCUCGCACCGCAUUGUCUUCUACCUAACCAACACUCACAUCAAGUCCCGAGCAACAUUCUUCGUUCGGCCUGGUACUGCCACGGAAGAAGAAAGCUAUAAAGCAGAUCCCCCAUUAUCCGAAGAGGGUGAGAAAUAUGCUAGAGUGAUGACAGAGACAGUGAUCAAGCACCGUGAGCAAGAACGAGCUACACGGAUUGCAGAAGGAGGGUCUGAUAUGCCGCUGCGCCCGCUGGCAGUAUGGUGUUCAACACGUAUGCGCACAAUGCAAACAGCGGAUGUCUUUCAGGAGCUCGGAUACAAAGUUCGCCAACGAAGUCAGAUGGCCCAAAUUAACCCAGGAGUUUGUGAAAGGCUAAGCGAACGCGCUAUUCGCCGUCUCUACCCCGAGGAAGUAGAGAAGCAUGAACUCGAUCCUUAUCACCACCGUUAUCCGCGCGCUGAGUCCUACCACGACCUCGCUGUACGACUCGAACCAAUUAUUCUAGAGCUUGAGCGUGAGCAGAACGACUUACUGAUCAUCGCUCACGAGAGCGUACUACGAGUCCUCUAUGCGUAUCUUUUGCACUGCAGCACUAUGGACAUUCCUAAUCUCAAAUUCCCACGGAACGAAAUUAUCGAGGUCAUCCCAGGCGCGUACCAGAAUGAUGCUAAACGUAUUCAUAUCCCAGGUCUCGACCCUAAGACUGUCCCUGGCUCUCCUGAGGAUAUACGGAUUCCUGUACCAGACAGUGAUGUUAAUACUCCAGCACCGCUUCCAGGUGGAGGCCUCUCUGCGCCUGCGGUACCGCCUCUUACUGUCGAAAAGCCACCCGAGAAAGUAGUUAAUACGGCGGCCGAAGCGGUGAUGGACAAGAUUACAGAUGAAGAUUAAGUUGUGUUAAAAGUUAGCAUAGGUGCUCAUAGAAAUACUAAGCACGUCAUACCAAUGUAUUAGGCUGCUUCUGCAUAACCCUGAAUAGAGCCAAGGUGGGAGACGUAUUCAUGAAGGGGAUAACUAUACGAUUCCUUGAGCACGGGAUGUGGCUCUAGCACCGCCGUAGUUAGGGUAGCAUGGGAAAAGCCUAUUGGUAAUCCCCAGAAGGAAAAAAGGCCACCGGCUUGCGUCGGUAUCAAAGACUUACACAAUACUAUUAUGAACAUUGACUAUCUAA